AUGUGUAAUAGAGAAGGAUUCAAGUCAAAAGAUAUUAAGGAGAUUAAUGACCCCUUGAGGAAAAGACGUAAGCAGACAGACACGCGAUGCGGUUGUGAUGCCCAUAUAUUUGUUAAACUUUGUGGGGAGAACACCUACAAGAUAGACUCAUGGAUUGAGCAUCAUGUUCAUGGUCUUGUAUCACCUGAUAAGCGUCAUUUGAUCAGAUCCAAUCGUAGAGUUAGUGAGAGGGCAAAGAAUACUUUAUACACAUGUCAUAAAGCAAGCAUUGGAACCUCCCAGGCAUACAGGCUCCUGCAAGUUAGCGAGGGUGGAAUUCCGAAUGCUGGGUGCACAAAGAGGGACUUCCAAAAUUACUAUCGCGGACUCAGGUAUAAAAUCAGAGACGCAGAUGCUCAAAUGUUUGUGGCCCAAUUAGCUAGAAAGCAGGAAGUGAAUUCAGCAUUUUUCUAUGAUUUUGAGGUGAAUGAUGAGGGGAACCUGGUGCGUGUGUUCUGGGCGGAUGCCACAAGUAGGAAGAACUAUAGUCACUUUGGUGAUGUGAUAUCCUUCGAUUCUACAUACACCACUAAUCAGUACAACAUGAUAUUUACACCAUUUACAGGGGUUAAUCAUCACUUACAAAGUGUCCUUUUUGGUGCUGGAUUCUUAUCAAAUGAGAAGGAUGAGUCAUACAUUUGGUUAUUUCAGACCUUCCUAAAAGCAAUGGGAGGGGUAGCACCUAGACUCAUCAUAACUGAUGAAGCUGCUAGCAUCAAGAAUGAUUUUGGGUUGGAGGAUAACGAGUGGUUAGCUAAGAGGUUUACCAUUAGAGAUACAUGGAUACCAGCCUACUUUAUGGAUAUAUCUCUUGCGGGCUUGCUCCAAACCACUUCAAGGCUUGCUUUUGUUGAGUUCUGGCUUAGGUUCGACACGGCUUUAGAAUGCCAACGUGAGGAAGAAUUAAUGGCAGACAAUAGAAGCAUGCAUACCACCCCACAACUAUUUACGCCAUGGACAAUGGAGAAACAAGGUAGUGAGGGUAUUGCACAGGGUGUGGGGUUAAAAAUGGUGACCCUGAGAGGUCGAUCUGAUAAGGUGUUGAGGAUUGAGAACCAAAACGAGCUUCCCAACUACUACAUUAUGAAAAGAUGGAAGAAACGGUGCAAGAGGGAGAAUGUUUAUGAUGAACAGGGGAACCUACUAGAAGAAAAGCCCACAGAUUCACUAGAUGCAGCCACGAGAAAGAAGAUUUCGACUGUACGUGAUAAGAUGGAAGAGCUGAUUCAAAAGGCAAAGCACUCAAAUGAAGGCAUGGACUUCUUAACAUCAAGUGUGUUGAGCAUUGAGGCGCCUUUAGACCAAAUGGUCCCUGCAGCCACACAGAACACUAGGCAAGAGGAAUAUGAGGCUUUUAUUGGUUGUAAUAUUCCUACAGAAGUUCAUAUACAUCCACCAACUGAUGUUCGUACCGUGGGGAGAUGCAAAAGAAUAAAGAGUGGAAAGGAGAUCAAGGAGGGUGAUAGGAAAAGGAAGGACAAAGAAGCGAAGUUAAAGGUUGCACGCUUGUGCAAGACAUGCAAGCAAAUGGUGUUUCAUGAUAGUCGCAAUUGUCCAAGCAAAACUAUUCAAGGGAAAAGGAGCUUGAUUGCGGAAGAUGUGCAACCAAAUGGUGCUUCCUGA